UAUAUUCCCCUGUUUUUGAUCAUCAUAAAUUUUAUAAUUUUAUUGUUUCUAUAUGUGAUUUAAUUGUUUUUAAUCUUAACCCAGAUCACGAUUUUACAGUAAUUUUGUCUUAGUCUCAUAAUUUUACAGUGGGAUUUUAAUUUUGGGGAGGAAUAGAACAGAGAAAAACAGAGUGUUCAUUAUUAGUUUUGUUAUAAUCCUUUUAUAAAUAAUUUUAAAAUAUAUAUAAUUAAAUAUGUCUGAUAAUCGGAGCAGUGAAAAAAAUAAUGGGGUUUCAAAUUCUUCAUGGAAUCCUCCUGAUUAUAACAUUGAAGAAGGUAUAAAUAGGUUGAGAAUUCAGGCAGAUAGGAAAGAGGAUGAUGAAAGAGAUUCAACGGGCUACCCGGAUCGUCCUGGACAACCCGAUUGCGUAUAUUAUUUGAGAACCGGAAAAUGUGGAUAUGGUGAUGAAUGUAGGUUUAAUCAUCCAACCUACAAUGAGCAGGAUAAACAGCAUGAAAGUGAUCAUCCACGGCGAGUUGGAGAGCCAGAUUGCAUUUAUUUUCUGAAGACGGGUUCUUGCAAAUAUGGAUCAACAUGCAAAUAUAAUCAUCCUCAAGAUAGACAUGGUCCUAGUCCUGUUGUGUUGAACAUGAUCGGGCUACCGAUGAGACAGGGACAGAAGCCUUGUUCUCAUUACCUACGAACUGGAUCGUGUAAAUAUGGAAUUACAUGUAAGUUCCAUCAUCCGCAGCCACCCCUAGACGGAUCCAACACAUCUCCUUCACAACCUUUGCAAUAUGCAUCAUCGGGUGCACCACCCCAAAUUGGUGCUCAAUGGCCAUAUAUGAGUCCACAAACUUACCUGCCAAUCGUUCUUCCUUCUUCUGGUACCACCCAAGGGUGGAGUGCUUACAUGGAUAAUAUGAGCCCACUAGUCUCGGCAAACGGUUCAAGUUCCAUGGACCAUAUCUAUCCAUCACCGAGUUCUCAUCUACCCGAGAGGCCCAGUGAACCAGAAUGUCGUUAUUUCAUUAAUACCGGAACCUGCAAGUAUGGAUCAGAUUGUAAGUAUCAUCAUCCAAGGGAAAAGAUGGUUCAAUCUCCUGCUACUUCUUUGAGCCCGUUUGGUUUUCCUUUACGACCUGGGCAAACUGUGUGUUCAUAUUAUACUCUAUACGGAACGUGCAAAUAUGGGUCAGCUUGUAAAUACGAUCACCCUGUGGUGGUAUACUCGUACAAUUAUAACAUGGAUUUGAAUAGUCACCCAUACUUUCCCUCAUAUGGUGGAAUGAACUCACCUAUACUGCAUUCAUCCGAGUCAUCUCCUUCAAAAUCAUCAAAAAGUUCGGGCUGCACAACUGAACCAACAAGCAAUGGGAAGUUAUGUACAGAUGAAUGCUCUGGUGAACAUGUCGAGUUCACUCAUUCUUCAUCACAUAAUCAGUCUGAUUAAAGCUGGAUUAUUUCGUUUUUUUUUUUAUGUUUCUUGAUUUUGUUAAACAGAUACCAAUGAUCACUGCAAGUAACCCCCUUUUGAUGGGGUUGUUUUUGGUUGUGAAUAAAAGGAAAUGUAAACUUUA